AUUACUACAUAUUUAGUGUUUUAUCUACAACAAUAAGUCAAUAAAGAACAAAUAGGAGUGCAUGUGAAUUUUCUUUGUCGAUUGACUUUUACAUGCCCUGAAAUUAUUGCAUCAUUCGCUUUAAAAAUUAAUUAAAACAUUUUAGAAGAAAAAAAAUCAUAAAGUGAUUCAAAUGGAUGAAGCAAAAUCGAAAAAUCCUCAGAUAAAUCCUGAAAAAAAGGUUGGAGCGGAUGGUUUAUCAAAAAAAGAACGAAGAGCAUUAAAAGUUGCACAAAAAAAUGUUAACGGUGAUGUCAUUAACGUUAACCAAGACACGAAUAAUAUAAAAGUUAAAGUUACGGAAAAUGAAACAGGUCCCAGUAAAGCCCAAUUAAAAGCCGAGAGGCGAGCUUUACAAGAAAAACAACGACAAUUAAAAGAAGAGGCUAAGAAUGUUAAAAGUAAUUUAAAGGAAACGCCAAAAAAGCCUCAAAAUGAGACAUCCGACAAUAAAGAAAAAAACAAGUCUGACAAAGAUAUUACAAAAAAAGAUAUAAUAAAAAAGGAUAUAAAAAAAGAAUCAACUAAAAAACCAACUACAAAACAAAUCGAAUUAAAUCAAAUUAAUACCGAUUUAGAUCAAGAUCAAGUUUAUCUUUUCAAUCAUCUCCGAUUUAAAAGUUUUCUCGAUGAGGAAAAAUUAAAAAAAAAUUGUUGCGUUGAAGAUGGAGUUCACCCAACGUUUAUUCGGUUGGGUGUAAAAUAUCGCGAAAAAAUAAUUUGUGGUUCAAAUUCGCGCGGUUUAGGUUUUUUGGCCGCGUUAAAAGAUUUAAUUCGUGAUUACGAGCCUUCAAUGAAUGUGGAAUUUUGUCGAGGUCUCGAAAACGUAUUAAAACUCCAAUUGGAUUAUUUGCACAAAUGUCGACCCGUGUCCGUUUCAAUUACAAAUGCUAAUAGACAUUUUAAAACUGUUUUAAAUGAAAUGCAAACGAACGAUGUUUAUUCCAUUGACGAAAAGAAGGAUUAUUUAAUAAAGUUUAUUGAAAUGUAUGUUAAAGAUGAAAUUGAAACUGCGGGACAGGCGAUUAGUUUGACCACGCAAGAAAAAAUAUGUAAUGGGGAUGUUAUUAUUACUUAUGGAUGUUCUUCAUUAAUUCGAACAAUUUUAUGUGAUGCUCAUGAUGCCGGAAAGCGAUUUCACGUGAUAGUUUUGGAUGCAAAACCUUUGCUGGAAGGUCGCGAAAUGUUGCGACGUUUAGUGUGUCAUGGUAUUGAUUGCACUUACGAGUUAAUUCAUAUUGUUAGUCAUAUAAUGCGUAGAGCUACGAAAGUGCUUUUUGGAGCGCACGCUCUUUUGGCAAAUGGGGCGGUAUUUUCUCGGGCUGGAACUUCGCAAGUGGCGUUAGUUGCGCAUAAAUUUCGUAUACCGAUUUUGGUUUGUUGCGAAACUUAUAAAUUUUCGGAGAAAGUUCAAAUGGAUUGUUUUGUUUACAAUGAAAUAGAUGAUCCGAAUAAAGUGAUAAAUACAGAAUGUCCAAACGAUGAUAAUCAGUGCGUUUUGAAAAAUUGGAAACAAAAAAAGUUUUUGAAACCGCUCACCUUGGUUUAUGAUAUAACUCCGCCGGAAUUUGUGACUGGAGUGGUAACUGAAUUAGGUUAUUUACCAAGUACAAGUGUUCCUGUUGUUUUGAGGAAGAAAAAGAUAAUUACUUAAAAUGAUUUGUAUUAUAACUUUUCACUUUUCUUAAUAAAUAUUUGUAAAUAAACGGCA